AUGUUGCUUUUAAGGUUUGGCUCUCGUUUUAAAACUAUGCAUUACAAAUUCGGAACGAGGGGAACGAGGGGGAACGAGAAAUUGUUUAUUUUUGAGAAUUUCAUUAAACACUAUUUUAAUAGUUCUGUGAACAGUUUCUAUUCUCCCAGUGUUCUUUUCGUUCAGAUACUCUUAAAUUACCCAAGAAGGAUGUCAGAAAAGCAGGAAGAAAGCCCCUCUUUGUAUGAGCCAACUACCGAAUAUGAAUUUGGUGGGCCCGUUGGUGCACUUGGUAUGAUGCUAGGAUUUCCUUUGUUAAUGUACUACAUGUGGAUCAGCCAAAGAUUCUACAAUGGUGCUGUUGCAUGGCCAACGGAUGGCCAAACAUGGCCUGAGUUUUUACUUCAAAUGAAAGAAUAUGUUGUGAAGUAUGCAAUUCCCUCUAAGUUUUCCUUCAUUAUUUACACUUCUUUUAUUGUUACUCAAGGUAUUUUCUAUGUGACUUUACCGGGAGUUUGGACUAAGGGUCAACCAUUGAAGCAUCUGAAAAAUAAACAGUUACCAUAUUUCUGCAACGCAUAUGCAUCCUUUUAUACCACUCUAGCACUGGUUAUUGCAUUACACUGGUCAGGAAUUUUUAAGAUUUACUACAUCAUGGACAACUUUGGUGAGAUUAUGACAUGUUCUAUUUUCUACGGGUUUGUUUUCUCAAUUAGCCUUUAUUUUUACACACUCUUUAUUUCAAAAGAUUAUCAUAGAAUGUCCGGUAACCAUAUCUAUGACUUAUUCAUGGGUGCUCCAUUGAAUCCAAGGAUAGGUAUCAUUGAUCUCAAAAUGUUCUUUGAAGUUAGAUUACCAUGGUACACUCUUGCAUUACUGGGUCUAGGGACUUCUUUGAAACAAUACGAAACUUAUGGAUAUGUUUCAAAGGAAUGCUGUUUUUUAACCUUCUGCUAUUACAUUUAUGCCAAUGCAUGUUCAAAGGGCGAAGAAUUGAUUGUUCCGACAUGGGACAUGGCGUAUGAAAAAUUCGGAUUCAUGUUGAUUUUCUGGAAUAUCUCGGGAGUACCAUACAGUUACUGCCAAGGUGCACUCUAUAUGUAUUACCACGAUCCAUCAGAAUAUAGCUUUUCUAAUGGUUAUAUGCUACUGUUAGUUGGAAUGCUACUAACAGCAUACUAUUUUUUCGAUACUACCAACGGACAAAAGAACUCGUUUAGGAAAAUCAUGGCAGGCGAUACCAAUAUUAGAAAGACAUUUCCAUUUUUACCUUAUCAAGUUUUGAAGAAUCCUAAAUAUAUCAAAUGUAAGAAUGGCUCUACCCUUUUGACUGACGGUUGGUACAGAUACGCUAGGAAAAUCCAUUACACUGCUGAUUGGAUUCAAUCACUCACAUGGGGAUUGUGCUGUGGUACAUCUUCAAUUUUACCAUAUUUUUUCCCAGCCUUCUUUUUUGUUGUUUUGAUUCACAGAGCAAAUAGAGAUUUGAAUAAGUGUAGAAAGAAAUAUGGUGAUGAUUGGGUUAGAUAUGAAAAAGAAUGUCCAUGGUUGUUCAUUCCAUAUGUUUACUAG